GAAGAAGAACUACAACAACAACUAAAACUAGAAUAGUGCGUUUUUGUGCAGCUGUGUAGUUUGGAGACGGCCCCUAAUGUCUCAUAGUCCGGGGUCCAGGUGAAGCCUUUUACCGGUGGCUAUUCUCAAGUAAAAUAAGCUAGUAACUAUUAGCUGAUUUAACUACAUUUUUGGCAUUUGCACUUCUUUCUUUAAGAAUACAUUACCGUUUCGUUUGUGACUUUUUUAAACCGGUUGUACUGGUUUAACGCCUGAGACACUUUCCUCCCGUGGCUCGCACCCUAACCUCACGAACACAUCUGUUCAGUCCGACAUGAAAAGAAACGGCGCGUAUAAGGUUUUGUCCGUAUUGUCGUUUUUCGUCGUGCUGCUGUUUCUGUUUCUGUUUUUCUCUUUAAUAUUUUACUCAAUUACUCUUGCACCUUAAGAAAGACUCAAGAGAUACACACACUGACGUUAGCAUCUGCUAAACUGUGAGGCUACUUACCCACAAUGCACAGCUCUGUUGACAAGUCCCGCGAUCACAUGAUCACCUCCACCAGGAAGUAAGGAUUUCUGAUUGUCGUACUUGGCUGCUCAAACUGUUAGUGAAGUGAUGGCAUCUGACACCAGUGAAGCAGCGUCCUCCACUCCAGACCUCAAGCUGCAGUUUGCUCCCUUCAGCAGCGCUCUGGAGGCCGGCUUCUGGCACCAGCUGACUCAGAAGAAACUCAACGACUACAGAUUGGACGAAAGCCCCAAGUGUAUCAAAGGAUAUUACUACAAUGGUGACCCACUUGGUUUGCCCACUCGCCUGACAUUGGAGUUCAGUGCAUUUGAAGUGGACGGUCCCACACCAGCCCGUUGCUGUCCAACUGUUGGAACGCUGUAUAACACCAACACACUCGAUGCCUUUAAGACCUCCGAUAAGAAGGCUCUGCUGGAGAAAGAGGCCAAGGAGAUAUGGGAUGCUAUACAGUCUGGGGCUGCGUUGAAGGACCCGUCCAUCCUCUGCAAAUUCAUCCUUGUGACCUUUGCAGAUUUGAAGAAGUACCACUUCUACUACUGGUUCUGCUUCCCUGCUCUUUGUUUCCCAGAGGGAAUAAAGAUUGUGAAACAGCCCUCUGCCCUAGAACAAGUUUUCUCAGCAAAACAGAUCACAGCCUUGCAGGAUGCCUAUGACUCAAUGUGUAUCAAAAAAGAGACCACUGCAGUGCCUUACUUCCUAAUGAAGUACACAGAAGACACGGUUCAGAUGGCUGCACUCAGUGACUGGGACACGUUCUUCACUGAUACUAAGAAGGUUACUGUGGGCGUCUAUGAUCCGUGUACUCUGUCUCAACAUCCGGGCUGGCCUUUGAGAAAUCUGCUGGUCCUCUUAGCUUACCAAUGGGGCUCUAAGCUGGACACGGUGGAGGUGCUGUGUUUCAGGGACAGAACUCUGCAGGGGAGCCGCUCCAUUCAGCACAGUGUCAUCUUCCAGAUAAAACUACCUGAGCUUCCCCUCAACUCAGCGUGUCCCAAGAACGUAGGUUGGGAGAAGAACCCAAAGGGGGCCAUGGGUCCAAGGAUGGUCAACCUCAGUGAAUGCAUGGACCCUAAAAGACUUGCAGAGUCCUCAGUGGACCUGAACCUGAAGCUGAUGAGAUGGAGGCUGGUUCCUACCCUGGACCUGGACAAGGUGGUCUCCACAAAGUGUCUCCUGCUGGGGGCCGGGACUCUGGGCUGCAAUGUAGCCAGGGCUCUCAUGGGAUGGGGAGUGAGACACAUCACAUUUGUAGACAACGCGAAUAUUUCAUACUCCAAUCCAGUCCGGCAGCCGCUCUAUGAGUUUGAGGACUGUCUCGGAGGAGGGAAGUCCAAAGCCCUGGCAGCUGUGGACCGCCUCACCAAGAUCUUUCCUGGUGUGAAUGCGGAGGGAUUCAACAUGAGCAUCCCUAUGCCCGGUCACCCGGUGAAUUUCUCUGAGGCCACUCUUUCCCAGGCCCAGAAGGAUGUCGAGCACCUGGAGAAGCUCAUUUCAGAACACGACGUGAUCUUCUUACUAAUGGAUACGAGGGAGAGCCGCUGGCUGCCCACAGUGAUAGGUGCAAGCAAGAGGAAGCUUGUGAUGAACGCCGCUCUAGGCUUUGACACAUUUGUCGUGAUGCGCCACGGCCUGAAGAAACCCCCCGUCAGUCAAAGUGUUUCUGCAGGGGCCGACUCCUCUACUUCCUGUUCUUCUGCCUCCUCUUCAUCCUCCACACCCGCCGGCGCUGCACCUACUGUCCCAGGAUCCUCUCUGUUCUCCAACAUCCCAGGGCACAAGCUGGGCUGCUACUUCUGCAACGAUGUGGUGGCACCAGGAGAUUCAACCAGGGAUCGGACUCUGGAUCAGCAGUGCACGGUCAGCAGACCAGGCCUGGCCAUGAUAGCUGGAGCCCUCGCUGUGGAGAUGAUGGUGUCCAUACUGCAACACACUGAAGGAGGCUAUGCAAUAGCCAGCAGCAGUGAUGACAGGAUGAAUGAACCUCCCACCUCUCUGGGUCUAGUGCCACAUCAGAUCCGGGGCUUUCUUUCAAGGUUUGACAAUGUCCUGCCUGCAAGCAUGGCCUUUGACAAAUGCACCGCCUGCUCACCCAUUGUCCUUGAGCACUAUGAGAAAGAAGGUUUCAACUUCCUGUCCAAUGUUUUUAAUUCAUCCCACUCCUUCCUGGAGGACCUGACAGGGCUGACCCUGCUGCACCAGGAGACACAGGCUGCAGAGAUUUGGGAUAUGAGCGACGAUGAGAGCAUCUGAAGGACUGGAGAAACAAACCCUGACCCCCCCCCCCGAACCCCGAUCCUUCAGCUUCUGUCUGCUUUGGGUUUUUUUGGAUGCAUAUUUACAAAUGAAAAGGGCUUUGCGGGUGACAGUAGAUACACAGAUCAAACUCAAACCAAGCUAACCUACCAGGAAUGCAGCUAAAAUAAAAGCUAUACAAUUCCUAUUAGAUCAUUUGGAUUCACGAGUAAUAUGGUUACAAUUAUAAACAAUAAAAGAUGAACUGCUAAAGUAUUCAGUGAAUUUCUGUUUUUCACUUUUACGUCAGUUCAUUUUUCACUUUGUGAGUAUUAAGGUGUUGUAUUUAAGGGAGAAUGUAGUUGUUCCUAUCUCUUCAUGGUGUGUUAUCAGUCGCAUUCACUCAAUGUUUACCUGAGACAAAACACAACAAAACACUUGUAUUAAUGGACUUCAUUUUUGUCUUUAAAAAAACCUCACUGAAUAGACCCAGGUUCAAUCCCCCCCACCGUCUCUCCAUCAACACAUUUAAUGGGUUUGCUGUGUCCUUUGGCAAGACGUUGACUAACAACAUCUGCUCGCUCGCUCACUCAAGAGUGCUUCAGAUUGAUUAUGAAAUUACAAAAACACAGUUGACAACUCAGCAAAUCCAUCCAUCUCCCCGUGUGUUUACUGGAGACUGUGAUACAUACAGUGCAGUUCAUAAUAAAACCAGCUCACAGAUGUUACUGUGCAACUGAUGUGGAAACUGUUUACUGUUGCUGUAGACAACCUGGAAGCUAAAACUGCACAGUUUAAUAUAAAAGAGCCGACGGACAAACUGAAGGUCUGUUAGUGUUGACGCUUGCAUGUCUUUAUCUGUUGCUUUUCUUACUGCUGUGUGAUAUUUCUCUGUACUGAUUAGAUGUAUGUUACUUUCAGUGUGACGACAUGUCAACAGCUGCCUUGAUAUGUAUGGAAGAUAAUAAGUGCAAUGUGAGAAAAAUGGGACCUUCGUUUCAGAAUUUGAAAAGUGAUGUCAGAAUUGAGAGAAAAAUACAAUUCCGGGAUCAACCUGACCUCAGACUUUUUCCUGUUAUGAAUUUCUCAGAAUUGAGAUGGCAUUUAUGAUUCUGACUUGGUUUUCAAUGUUCUAUUCUCAGAGUUGUUUUUGUCAUGCUUUUUUUCUUCUGUAAGUAUAUAACCAAUGAAUAAAUGGUCUCUUUAUUA